AUUACACUUUCGAAUACGCAAAAGAAAUCAAUAUAAGAUUAAAGUCAUUUAUGGAUAGUAUAGACCACCGAAUUCAAUUCAUAAUAGUUAAAAUCGAAAACAGUAAACUGGAUAGUAACACACCCGUAUUAAAUGAUACGAUUUAUGAUGAAGAAACUAGAGAUCAUUUAAGAAAAGUCGAGAAUUUAUCUUUAUGGAAAUAUGCCAAAGAGGAUCUUGUUCAUUCGUAUUAUGAAACGGAUGAAUAUAAUAAGUUACCCCAAACAACAAUUAAAAAUUUCAUAAAUAAUUCAACAUCGUAUGAAAAAAAUAUUACAUACACAAUUAACAGAGCAAUAAUGAUCAUGUAUUUUCGAACUAUUAAGUAUGCGAUUUUACUAAUUGUAUAUGGUUUUGAGGCACUAAGAAUUAGACAAUUAGAAUCAUAUUUGAACCAAAUAAAAGAAAAUUUAGAUAUAUUAAACGAUGCAGCGAUAAAAUUGAAAGACUGCAAAGCCUUAUAUUUCGAUUUAGAAGAACUUCGAGGAUUAAAUUUAUGUAGUAAUGCAAUGUGUUAUUUAAAAUCAAUGGUAUUUAAUUACGUAAAAACAUUCUUCUUAUCGACCAAAGAAAAUAAUAACUACUCGCAUGAUUUAAAUGAAGACGACAAUACAUAUACAAUUUUUAAAAAGCCCAUAUUACCACAAUAUCUAUUAGAUAAAGUAUUAAAUGGAUUUCCCACACCACACGAAGAAAAUGAAUUUCAAAACAUACCAACAGAACUAUGUGAUAUAGAAAAAAAAUUUCAGAAAAUUAUUAGUUUAAUUAACCUAGAAUAUGAAAAUGUUUUCACAAUAGAUUUUUAACUUUU